AUGCUUCCACCAGCUCUUUCUGACAAAGAUAAAAUAUAUUUGAGAGAACAGUUUGACAAAAGUCAAGUUCUAUGGCUUUUGGAUGGGUAUGAUGAAAUUGUACAAAAUGUACCAGCACAUCUGCAAUAUUUAUUCGAGCAGUUACUUAACACUCCACACCACAUCUUGACCUCUCGUCCAUACUCAAAUAAAUUAUCAUAUGAUGUGGUAAUGGAAAUUACAGGUUUUACGAAUGAUAAUAUAGGUGAGUAUGUGAAGCAGUUCUUCGAUCAAAUUACAGAUGAAUCAGACAAUGGAUCAUCCACAGGCAAAAACCUAUUGGACUUCUUAAAAUUGAGCACUAACAUUUGGGGCAUUGCACAUAUUCCAGUGAAUCUCGAACUGAUUUGUAGUCUUUGGGCUGACACAGAUUGGUCCAUAACUAGAGAACUCACAAUAACACAGCUAUAUGAUAAGAUUACAGAAUGGCUAUGUCGAAGAUAUUUGGAAAAACAACGAAAUAUUGAAACAAUUCUAAUGACUAAAGAGGAUGUUUAUAAAACUUGCCACAAAGAACUGGCAUUCUUAGAAAGCAUGGCUUUUAACGGAAUGAAAACUAACACUAUAAUUCUACGACCAACAUUGCUGAAAAAAGCAUUAAAGGAUUGUGAGUGCUCAUUACAGGAUCACCCACACUUACUCAAUAUAGGUAUUCUAAAAUCAUUCAACCGUCAGGCUGUUGGUACUAAAAUCGAAACGGACAAAGAUCAUUAUUUUGUUCAUCUGAGUUUUCAGGAAUAUUUCGCUGCACGAUAUUUGGUUGCCGCUCUCGUGGAUCCUCCACGCCCAGAAGCGAUCGAAUUUCUCAAAUGCAACAAGUACAAUCAACGUUUUGGACUAGUGUUUCCUUUUGUAUCUGGUCUUCUGACUGAGAGUAAUUCUGAAUCAUGCAUAACAACAUUCUGGGUCACAAUACUAGGAGAGCCGUUGGAUCUAGUUGGUCUAAGACACAUACAACUAGUUAUUGUUUGUGUUGAGGAGACUGGUGCUAACUCAAAUCUUCGUGGUCGACCCGAGUUGAUCAGUUAUAUAAUAAAGUGGUUAAAAUAUUCUGUGUUUGCCGAAUCGAAUGCAACAAUUAAACAGCUGACAGAGUCAUUGAAAAGGAGCACUUCAUUAGCACAUGAGCCAGCAAUAAUAGACCUACUGAUCCAGCUGCUUCAAAACAAAGAACCAAACGUAAAAGCGAAUGUAUGUUCCUUGAUUUCAAAAUUACCACUUACAAAAACUCAUUCUAAGCUCAUUCAUUCACUGACCACAGCGCUUCGUGAUGAGAAUGACUAUGUUAGACACCGUGCGUGUGACGCUCUCGGGGAAAUGGGUGACAAGGCAGCAACUUCUGAAGUGAUUAGAGCACUACUCAAUGCACUUGGUGAUGAGGAGAUCGGUGUCAGAAUUUCUGCAUGUGACGCUCUCGCGAAAAUGAGUGAUAAAGCAGCAACUUCUGAAGUGAUUAGAGCACUACUCAAUGCACUUGGUGAUGAGGAGGUCGAUGUCAGAAUUUCCGCAUGUGACGCUCUCCAGAAAAUGGGUGACAAAGCAGCAACUUCUGAAGUGAUUAGAGCACUAAUCAAUGCACUUGGUGAUGAGAAUGAGUGUGUCAGAUCUUAUGCAUGUGAAGCUCUCGAGAAAAUGGGUGACAAGGCAGCAACUUCUGAAGUGAUUAGAGCACUAAUCAAUGCACUUGGUGAUGAGGUUGAGCGUGUCAGAUAUUGUGCAUGUGAAGCUGUCUGGGAAAUGGGUGACAAGGCAGCAACUUCUGAAGUGAUUAGAGCACUAAUCAAUGCACUUGGUGAUGAGGUUGAGCGUGUCAGAUCUUAUGCAUGUCUAGCUCUCGGGAGAAUGAGUGACAAAGCAGCAACUUCUGAAGUGAUUAGAGCACUACUGAAUGCACUUGGUGAUGAGAAUGAGUGUGUCAGAU